AUGCGGCUGCCGGUGCUCCUGUGCCUGGCCCUGGUGGCGCUGGCCAGCGGCGGGCAGUCCCCGUUACAGCGGCGAGUGCUGCGGGAGCUGCUGGAGCAGUUCCACGGCCGCAGCAACGUCCAGUUCCUGUUCAAGGAGCAGGCGGUGGAAGGGGUGGAGAGGGAAGACUCCUCGGGAACGUUUGUCCAGCUGCGGGUCAGCCUGGUGCAGACGUCCUGCAGCAAGCGGGCACAGCGCCGGCACAACUGCCGCCCCCUGGAGAGCCGGCGCAAGCCUGUCUGCCUGGCCUGCUACAAGUUUGACCGUGGUGACGUCCCCAAGGUGCUGGACAAGUAUCACAACUGUGGCCCCAGCCAUCACCUCGCUGCUAAGGAGAUCAAGCACCGUGAUGAGGCCGAGUGCAGGGCAGUGGAAGAGGCUGGCAAGGUCGGGGAUGGGUUAUACCUCCCUGGCAUGUUUGCCUUCUCCAAGGGGUUGCCACCAUAGGUGGUUGUCACCAGCCUGGCACAUGCCAGGGACACACAGAUGCCCCCUGCUCGCAGCCCCCCAGCAUCCCCCACAAGGGACCAGCUCGGUUCCCUCCUCUGCUUGCUACCCCCCCAGCUUGGUGUCACCGAAGGAUGGACCUCCCCAGUGCC